GGAAGUGGACCACACGAGGGGGUAAAGGUUGGUAAACAAAAGGAUUGAGCUGAACCAGUGGAGUGCAGCAAAUGGCUAUGAUGAAAGGAACCUCUCUCCUUGUUCCUUCUGUUCAAGAAUUAGCAAAACAAGCAAUUACAAAAGUUCCAGAAAGAUAUGUUCAUCCAAAUCAAGACCCUAUUGUUGCAUCUAACACAACUAAUUCUUUACCACAAAAAGUUCCUGUUAUUGAUCUAAGUAAAUUGUUAUCUGAUGAUGCUACUGAGCUAGAAAAUCUCGACCAUGCUUGCAGAGAUUGGGGUUUUUUCCAGCUGAUUAAUCAUAAAGUCAACCCUUCAAUUGUUGAAAAUAUGAAGAUAGGUGUUGAACAAUUUUUCAACCUUCCAAUAGAAGAGAAGAAGAAGAAAUUUUGGCAAACACCAAAUGAUAUGCAGGGGUUUGGUCAAUUAUUUGUUGUAUCUGAUGAACAAAAGUUAGAAUGGGCAGACAUGUUCUACAUUAACACUUUUCCAUUGUAUUCAAGGCAUCCCAAUCUUAUUCCUACCAUUCCCUUACCAUUCAGGGAUCAUCUAGAGACUUAUUGUUUAGAGCUGAAAAAGAUAUUAGUCAAAAUAAUUGGUAGUAUGGAGAAAGCUUUGAAGAUGAAAACAAAUGAACUAUUAGAAUUCUUUGAAGAUCCAGGUCAAGGAUUAAGGAUGAAUUACUACCCUCCAUGUCCUCAACCAGAAAAUGUUAUUGGAUUGAAUCCUCAUUCUGAUUCGGGUGCCCUUACUAUCCUUCUUCAAGUCAAUGAGGUGGAAGGCCUUCAAAUUAGAAAAGAUGGAAUGUGGAUUCCUGUUAAACCCCUCUCUAAUGCCUUUGUCAUCAACAUUGGAGACAUGUUGGAGAUAUUAACCAAUGGAAUUUAUCGAAGCAUUGAGCAUCGAGCAACAAUCAAUUCAAAGAAUAAGAGGAUAUCCAUCGCCACAUUUCAUAGGCCACAAAUGAGCAGACAUAUAGGUCCAACACCGACUCUUAUUACUGCUGAGAGACCUGCUUUGUUCAAAAGAAUUGGAGUAGCUGAUUACCUUAAUGGAUUUAUGUUGCGCAAGCUACAUGGGAAAUCAUACAUAGAUGUUGUAAAAAUUUAAAAGACGAUAGGUAAAUAAUUUAAGUUUAUAUAGUGUUGAGCCUGAAAGAAAAAAUCAAGGUAUAGCAAGUUUAAAGAAAAGUAGUGCUAAAGCAGGGGAGUAAUGUGCAACAUUUGGAACAAAGAAUGUCUGCUUAACAGUUAUGCCUAAAGUUUUAUCCAAUGCAGGACAUAUAUAUAUAUAUAUACACCAAAGUCCUCCAAAAACAGCUCUUUAUAAGGCGUCGAAUUUAUAAUCACAACAGGUUUUUUUUUCGGAUUA